GCGGAGCGGAUCGCAGGCCUUUUAUCAGCAACAUUUAUUACCCCCCUCAGUUCCAGUUGGCAAGACCACAGCAUUAUCGAGUGGCAGAGUUCAUGAUAUCAGCGCAGGGCCAGUACAUGGGAACCGGGAUGGGCUUUGGUGCCUUGUCGUUGGGCGCUGGUGGGCUGCCCGCUUUCAAAUUUCGGGCAAGACACGAAGGUGUGGACUGGAGACGGCUUAGCGCUAUAGAUGUGGACCGGGUGGCUAGAGAACUGGAUGUUGCCACCCUACAGGAGAAUAUCAUGAGUGUGACCUUCUGCAGCCUGGACUCUGAGAGAUGCCCGUGGUGCCAGAACUCCAUUGACCCAGUCCUGUUGAAGGUGUUCAAGCUGGCCCAGCUGAACACAGAGUACCUCCUUCACUCACAGGAGCUCUUCACAAGCAACAUUCAGGCUCUGGAGGAGCAACUGCAAGCUGCAGCGGCAGAGCUGGAGAAGAGCAGGCAGGAAAUGGUGAAACAGACGGAGGAGUUGAAGGCCGUGAAAGAGGAGGGCCGGCGCCGCAAGAAGAUGAUCACAACUCUUCAACUGCUUGUACAGGCGGGAGCCAAUAACUAUCACAAGUGCCGGUUUUGUGACAAGGCGUUCCUGAACUAUUCCUUCCUUCAGGGACAUGUUGAGCGCCGACAUCCGGAAAUUACUGAGAAUGAGAGAAAGAAGCAGUAUCGGACGGAGCAGAUUGAGGACGAGAUCAGGGAGCUCAGGGAGCGGCUGCAGAUCAGCCAAUCACAGCUGGAGAUUGAACGUGAAGCUGAAAGCCUCCGUCGUGGCCAGGAAUUGGAAAAUUCUCGCAGGAGAGAGGAAGAGGUAAGGAAGGAGUUUGAGAACUGGAAGGAGGAAGAAAGGAAAAAGUUCUUUCAAGAAAUGGAGCGCCUGAGACAGCAACUUCUAACGGAGUUCCAGGAUAUUGCAGUGAAGAACCAGUCUAUUGAAGCGAAACUGCAGGAGAUUCAAGUUGGAACUCCAAUUAUGUCAAAUGUGGAAACCUUUCAUGCUGAGGAUCAUACGGAAGAACUGAGAAACUGGAAGGAAAGAUUUGAUAAACUGAAAAAUGAAUCCAAAAAGAAGAUGAAAGAUCUUCAACUUCAGCAUCUGGCUGAAAAAGAGGAGAUGAAAGCUGAGAACGGGAGGCUGAAGUCCACUUUGUCCACAGACCAGAGAACAACAGCCGAAUACUUCCAAAAACAAAUCAGUACUCUCAGUUCAAAGGUCAAAGAGCAGAACGCAGUCAUCUGGUCUCAGCAAGAUCAGAUCAAGAAGCUUUCGUCUAGACCAGUUCAAGUUUCUGAGAGUCAAGAUUUGGAAUCUGAGGAAGAUGAUGAUUUGGAGAGUUCUUUGGACCGGAAGCAGCAGCUUUUAGAAACCUUGAGACAGAACCCAAAAUUCAUCAAACAGUUUCGCCCCAUCCUGGAAGAGACACUGGAGGAGAAGUUGGAGAGCAUGGGUCUGAAAAAGGGCUUGAAGGGAAUCCCUGCCCAGACGCUGAAGAGUCUGAAUUUGACGGUGGGGAAACAGCGCGAGGGCAAGGCCAGGCGCUUCCACGAGUUUGCCAGCCUUCGGAAGUGCUUUGCGAAGGUCGUGGUUGAGAAGAUCAAAGAGAAACAGCGCAGUGAGGGCUACACUUCCCCUCCACCUCGAACAGUACGGAGACACACCAGCACGCCACAGAAAGCAGCCCCCAAAAGCAAGGGGCCACAAACUGUGGCAUUGAAGCCAUCUCGAGCGAUUGAGCCGAAGCUUUACCAGAUCGAGGGACCCAAACCGGCUCCGCGGCAUCGAAUGGUCAGCCCUACCCGCUCUACCAUGCCCAGUGCCAGCACCCCUCCAUUCUCUUCUGAAGAUGACUCAAUUGUGGACAGUGCUUAUGUUACCAGCGUAGGGGUCAAAGAUACCACCCAGGUCCGUGUCAUUCAAUCAAAACCAAAGCAAAGCAAGGCGACCAUGAGUGAUGAUGAUGACUGGUCAGACACUGACAUCUCGACAGAGCUGCUGAGUCCACCCGCUGCAGGGCCUCUUGUGGUCCGCACCCCUUCAGGAACUAUGGUUCAAAGCAUGACAAAGAGUUUGGAGAAACAGCUCAGCUCUCCAGCAAAGAAACCCAUCGGAGGUGUUAAGCUCAUACCUACAUCCCAAGCUGCAUCUCGUUCUUCUCCAGAAAACAAUACUGUCAUCAAGAGGUUGCAGCUGUCAGACGACGAGGAGAGUGAGCUGGAUAUUUCAUCCAUCGAGGAUAUGUCAGAAGAGUUUGUCAGGAAAGUGACAAUCUCGAAGCCCGUGGUCAUGCCCAGGCAAAGUGCUGAGCCGUCCCUCUCUCAGGGAACCAGUGUUUGGAGCUCAUCUGCUAGCAGAGGGGCAGGGCUGAAGGAGGCUGGCAUUGGGACGUCGAUGAAGAGCAGCAGCUUUGCCACAGUAACGGACAUCAGCGACUCCGAGUUCAAUUUCCCAUGAGCACCGGUGAAUCCUGCUUCAGUCAAGAGAACUGUUCCUGUUCAGCCUCACUGUUGUAGGGUUUGGUUGUAGUGGGAGAAUAAUGAUAUGAGGUUUGUGGGCUGCUGUUGGCGGAUGCUUCAUUGUGAGCCUGUCUAUUGACCUCACUUGCCGUUUCUUAGUGUUGCCAACUCUAGUUGAACAUAAUCCCAGAGGUCUCAUCAUAUGACCUCCAAUUUCUGACAGCCCCUCCCCACACUCUCUGCCCAACGUUGGUCACCUGACUCAUCCAUCUCACAUGGCACUGCUUUCCUGCGCCAAUUGGAAAACAAACAGAAUCCAUAACUCAAUUGGAUGGUUCUUGACUGUCAGUCAAAUAACCUCUACUCUCUACCCAUUCUCCAAAUUUUUAUGACUGAUAAGUGUUCAAAGAAAAUGAUAAAAUUGAAAGAAGACCUGUAUUUAUAUAGUGCCUUUCACAACCGAAUGUCCCAAAGCCCUUCACAGUCAAUUAAGUACUUUUGAAGUGGAGUCACUGUUGUAAUGUAGGGGAAAAAAAAACAUAUUUUUAAUGCCCCUUUGAACUUCCUCCCAGGUGGCUCACAGCAGAGUCCUGAAAAUUAAACUUUAAUUCAGGAGAUUAAUCUUUAAUUAAUCCUGGAAGGCUGGCAACUCGACCAUACUUUUCACACUCUGCCCUGUAUCUCUAAAGGGUAAGGCUAUUUCUUCCUGUCUGUCUAAUAGCAGCAAUGUAAACCUGCCUGACAGGCCCCCACUCCCAAGGUUAGUUUGGUGCCUUUUCUGUUCAAGUGUUCAGAUAUUGCAAGAUGAUUGGGCGUGAAUUUCCACAGGGUUCUCCUGAUCCCCCACUGUAACUUCAGCAGGAUAUCGGAAAGACCUCUAGAGUGUUGUGCCUCCAGGGGCUGUGCUGAUCCCUUGCCAGAGAAACCCCUCUGGAAUUCUAGGCGCUAGAUCCUAGGAACUUUUUAGGAAAAUGGACAACCCCAACAAAUUCAUCACUUUUUGGUAGACCACACUCCUGACUUCUCCUUGUAUCCCAGUAAUUCCUUUUCUCUCUCCAAAAAUACGUCAGCUUGCCUUUUGAAACCACCAUCUCUCCUUCAAUGCCUUCACUGGAAUCUUGUUCCACAACUCUCUUACUCUGACUCCUGAGCAUCUCCGAUUAUAGUUGCUCUCACCAGUGGUGGCUGAGCCUUCAGCUACCAAGGCUUCAAGCUCUGGAAUUCCCUCCCUAAAC